GCUAAUUAACAUUUUAGGGUUCCUGGAUAGCGAUUGUUGGAGAAGAAACAAUGGCGGAAUCACUAGCCUGGAAGUCCGAUACAUCGUCAGCUCCAUCGGCGAUGGCAUCAAUAUGUAUUGAGCGUACUGGACCAAUAAUUUUGUUGCCGAAGAAAGUAAGUAUACCUACCUCAAGGUUUCGGUAGCAAAUUUUGAAUAUUUGUUCAUUUACCUGGUGAUUUCCAUGUAUUUGAUUGCAAAUGGAUGCGAUUUCUGAUGAGUUCUAUGCACAUGUAUCACUAGUUCCUUACAAUCAGGCAAAGAAGGAUCAGAAGAACACAAAGGAGACAAAAACAAGAAAACUUGAGGGGACGAUAUCAGCAACUAAAGCAUUUUUCUUAAAACGGAGAAAUCGAUGAAAUGAAAAGGUAACAGAUUUGAUAAAAGUGACAGAUGGUUUGGAAUAAUAUUGUUAAAGCCAGCUCCUCUCCACUGUACAAAAGGUAAAAAAGCUAUCUAUUGUUUAGCUUGUCUGUUUGAGCAGGUAUAGACAGACAUUAAUUUUAUUAUGUGAACCUUGUACUGUGAUGUGGUUUCACAAACUAUUUUGUUGUGUUAUUAAUCACAAAUUUGAUAGUAAGGACAUGACCCUAUAUAAAAAUAUAUGGAAGUCGACAAUUAGUAGGCGAUCAACAUUGUUUAAUUUCCUUAUUAGUGUCAUUCUUCUUAUACUACUACUACAAUGUUACAGCCAGUUCUUCAGAUAUUUUGCUGCAACAAGCUAAGAUCCUGUUGAACAGUCAAAUAGAAUAAGGAUGCCUGUCAGGUAUGAAGGAAAGGAUUCAAAGGAUCUGUUGCCUUGGGAAAAAAGCUCCUAUGAGGUGAUCCUAAGGGUAUUUAAAGAAGUUGCAGGUGAUUGAGAAAUGAAUCAACUUAAUUUUUUGAUAAAGCCUCAUCUUGUCGAGUUGAAUUUCACUUAUGUAUGUGAAUCAGCUUUGCGAGAAAAUACCAAGUCCAAUGGGAGAAUCCACAAUCGACUGUAACAGCAUCUCAUCCAUGCCAGAUAUUACAUUCACUAUCAAAGAUAAAGCUUUUGUGCUCACUCCAGAACAGGUCUUUUAACCAAGAAAUCUAUCAACUUGAUCAAGCAUGCAGAAGAUGGUAUGUUUAAUCAUAACCAAGCUGCAGACACUUUGGAGAAAAGAAGGAUCUAUGAUAUAACAAAUGUGCUUGAAGGAAUUGGUCUUAUUGAAAAGAAGCUCAAGAACAGAAUACAAUGGAAGCUGAAACUGACAGUCUUUCAAUGGGGGGAGCGAAGACUGGAUGAGCGGAUUAGAGAAAUGCAAGAAAAGUUAAGGGAUAUGAGUGAAGACGAAAACAACCAAAGGUGGCUUUUUGUAACUGAAGAAGAUAUAAAGAGCCUACCUUGCUUUCAGGUAUUUGAUGCGAUGGAGCAGGUUUGCAUAUGGAAUGCUAUGGUUUCUUCCCUAGCAUUAACAAUGAAUUCGGGGUUGCAACCAAAUGAGAUUGUCUUCGUGGCAGUUCUAUCAGCUUGUGUGCGUGUGCCAAGCUUGUCGAUUUCGGGUUCUAAUUGUUUGAAGCAAUGUCACAUGAAUUCAGACUUUCAGCUAAGAUGAAACAUUAUGGCUGUGUGGUUGUUCUACUACAGGAAGCUUACAACUUCAUAAAGAAGAUGCCUUUUGAAGCUGAUGCUACUGUCUUGGGGGGUUCUGAUGGAUGUUUGUAGACUUCGUGGAGCUAUUGAGUUGGGAAAUGAAGAGCACAACUAUUGCUUGAGUCGCAACUAAAUCAUUAUGGCCAUUAUGUUUAACUCUCAAGCAUUUAUGUUGGUGCAGAGAGGUGGGAAAAAGCAAUGUUAGAUCCUGGAAUACACAAGGUUCCAGCCCACAGUCUUAUUUAGUAGAGUAGAUAACUGCAACAACUUUUAUUUGUAAAAUUGUCGAUGAGCCUAAACCACUUUUAUAUAAAGUCUUAAUUUUAUAUAACUGCAACAGCUUUUAUAUAAAGUCUUAAUUU